AUGAAUUCAUUCACCCCACGCGAGCUGCCCGAACGACAGAAGAAACUCCAACCGAUCCUUGGAAUCCCUGUACCAUAUCUCUUUGCGGCAACAUCGAUUCUGUCCAUUGCCCUGUUCAACUGGCCACUGAAAUGGAUUAUCUCGGGCGCUGCCAUCUUGACAUUCACCAUUCUCUCCGGCGCCGAUAACGGUCAUCGAAUCCUGCCCUUCUUCAACAUCUGGUCCUUGCUACUGUUGAUCAACCUAACCUAUGGAGUUGCCGCUACAUCCUGGCUUUUGCAUGGCGCGUUUGUCGCAACAUGCUAUCCUACCAUCUUCUUGACAUGUCUCUUCCAGUUUGACCCUGUUGGAAGGUUCGUCAGAAGAAGAAUCAGAAAUGUGCUCAAGCAGCUUCAAUUCAUCGAUGACCAAAUCGCCUUCUUUGAUAUUCCAGCACUGGAGAUCGAUGUCGACGUCAAUGGACUGAUGAACAUCCGUGGCAUGACCUUCUCUCUAUCUUCACUCAUGAUCAUCGCACAUGGAGUGGAGGUCGGCAUCAAAUUCUCCGACGACAUGGAAGUCGCCAUUGCAGUAGACGAGGUGCGCAUCUCUCUUUUCAGGAGAAUCGAUAUCUCGGACGUCAUGGCAAACGUGAAACAUCUUAACGAGAUGUCGCUCAGGCAUUUGGCAGAGAAUGGCAGAACGCCUACUGGAGACUCAUUCAUGUCUUCUGAAACUCCUCUACUUGCUACCGCAGCCAAGACUGGUGAUACACGUGCUCCUAUGGAAGCCAUGACAGAAAGGAUGACAAAUGGUUCCGCUCCUCAGCCUACCUCUCCUGUUGUCGGCCUCAAAGGCGUCAAGCAGCUCUCGCCUGAUGAUGACCACGCAAGGGAAANNACCUACAAGGCUAUCCUCAGCUACAUUCAGGAGACCAGCGUCAUCACUGUCAGUCAGCAGGAGGUCCAAGAGACGUUGAGAUUGAAGAACGUUGAUGGCGAUGUGCUCGAUGACAAGAAGGACUACCGUUCUGCGAUUUGCUCACAGCUUCAUAGCAAGCCCACCGUUCCCCACUGUAGCAAGCGAUCCAUUCGUGUCUCUACUCUGCAACAGGACAUGCCCAUGCGAAAGUUCCUCCACAGGCUUCCGUUCCUUCUCAGAUGUCUCCUCAACCCGAUUGCCUACUUCCAUCCGGUUUACAUCAAGUCUAUCACUGCCGGAGGCUCAGGCGCUAUGAUUGAAACUAUGCUUCACCAGCAGAUCUUCCAUGAUCACCCCGAGCAAGCUUCGGAUGUUAAGAAUCUCAAGAAGCGCAUCUCCGCCUGGCUCAAGGACGCCAACUUUGUGUUUGAAGCUGAGAAGAUUACCGGCAUGGCUUCUGUCCCCAUCAAUCCGGCCUUCAACAUCCUUUCUGAUCUUCUGUUCGACGACAUCAUGAUCUACAGAACUGUCAAGGAAGAGGUUGACUACAACCAGAUCGUUCAUCUUGGAGGAGCGGACGCUCGGAUUAAGGUGCCGUCAUUCCUCUUGCCUCAUCACGAACACAUUCUACCACCCAUCCCAACUCGCGCGGAUGUGGUCGCUCAACAGGAGAAGAUCGAUAACGCCGACAGUCAGCCCAAGACCAUCCAAGCCGAACAGGAAUUGGUCCAGCUACGCAAGGAUGAAACUAACGUCAACAUCUCUGCUCACGUGCGCCUGCCUGCUUGUUUCGACCAGAACCUGCUCGACUUCAUCGCAGCCUUGGUAAAGGCAACCAAGAUUGUCGAAAUGGACAAGGUUGAAAAGUCUCUCGACAAGGAGAUUCACGGCUUCAGGGAGUUCACGAAGGCAGUAAAGACCGAUCUCAAUGACAAGAUGAGAAGGGUGGCUGUAGACGCUGCUGCCAACGACAAGUGGAUUGCAAAGUUGGUUGGUAAAGUGACCAAGAAGCUGGAGACUAUGCAGGGAGAUAUCGGAUACAGUGGUGACUUGCCGGUGCCUCUCGAUGUCUAUCGCAAGAAGGCGGAGCCUGGCAGCAAGCUUAUGCCUUGA